AUGGCUGAUGCUGAGGAUAUUCAACCCCUUGUCUGUGACAAUGGAACUGGAAUGGUGAAGGCUGGAUUUGCUGGUGACGAUGCACCCAGGGCUGUGUUUCCUUCUAUUGUUGGUCGACCACGACACACUGGUGUUAUGGUUGGUAUGGGUCAGAAGGAUGCCUAUGUAGGUGAUGAAGCCCAAUCUAAGAGAGGUAUCCUUACCUUGAAAUAUCCCAUUGAACAUGGUAUAGUAAGCAACUGGGAUGACAUGGAGAAGAUCUGGCAUCACACUUUCUACAAUGAGCUUCGUGUUGCUCCUGAAGAGCACCCAGUUCUUCUUACUGAGGCUCCUCUCAACCCUAAGGCUAACAGAGAAAAGAUGACGCAGAUCAUGUUUGAGACCUUCAAUGUGCCUGCCAUGUAUGUUGCCAUCCAGGCCGUUCUCUCUCUGUAUGCCAGUGGUCGUACAACUGGUAUUGUGCUGGACUCUGGUGAUGGUGUGAGUCACACUGUGCCAAUCUAUGAAGGUUAUGCCCUCCCUCAUGCCAUUCUUCGUCUGGACCUUGCUGGUCGUGACCUUACAGAUGCCUUGAUGAAGAUUCUCACCGAAAGAGGGUACAUGUUCACCACCACUGCUGAGCGGGAAAUUGUCCGUGAUAUGAAGGAGAAGCUCGCAUAUGUUGCCCUGGACUAUGAGCAAGAACUUGAGACUGCUAAGAGCAGCUCUUCAGUAGAGAAGAACUAUGAGCUUCCCGAUGGCCAAGUAAUCACAAUUGGAGCUGAGAGAUUCAGGUGCCCAGAAGUUCUCUUCCAACCAUCACUCAUUGGAAUGGAAGCUGCUGGAAUUCAUGAGACUACCUACAACUCUAUCAUGAAGUGUGAUGUGGAUAUUAGGAAAGACCUAUAUGGAAACAUUGUGCUCAGUGGUGGGUCAACUAUGUUCCCCGGUAUUGCAGACAGGAUGAGCAAGGAGAUUACUGCUCUUGCUCCUAGCAGCAUGAAGAUUAAGGUUGUGGCUCCACCAGAGAGAAAGUACAGUGUCUGGAUUGGAGGGUCCAUCCUUGCAUCCCUCAGUACCUUCCAGCAGAUGUGGAUUUCCAAGGGUGAGUACGAUGAGUCUGGUCCAUCCAUUGUCCACAGGAAGUGCUUCUGA